AGACUGGGAGAAACGCUCUGAGAGCCACAAACCGGGCAGCCCUCAGGCGUGGGACUGCCGCAGCGUUUCUGACCACUUCCUUUCUGCUUCAGCGAGUCACACAAGCUCGCAGCACCACAGUUAGAUUCUUUGUCUCGUCCUCUACGGGACGACGGCGGGUAGUUCUCUCUUGUUCCUCAACGACGACCAUCAUCCAAAUCGCGCGCCAGAUUUCUGACGCGAGACUGCGACUAGCCGAGAGAGACGAGGAGGAAUAUUAGCCAAUAGAAAUCUCUCUUCGAACGAACGUCGUCAACUCUCGGUGCUGCCGUAUCCUAUUUGUUCUCCGCUGCUGCGGUCUGCCAUCAGUCAUUCCGCGUUUCCAAAUUCCAACCUGUCAUAUCGACAUCGAGUUAGUGGCAGCUCAUCGGCCAGUUAGGACUUUCGAAGGUGUUUUGGGACUUUCGGCCAGUCAGGACUCAGAAAUCAGCCAGUAAGGACUUUCUGCUCUCUCUCCUCCCUCAGUCAGCAUCAUCACGGCAGCAAGAGAGCAUUCCCUCAAGACGGCAUCGAUCCGUCAUAUCUCACGAGCUGUCCCAGAGAUUUUUCAUCAUUUCUUGAUUUCGAGGCCUUAUUCUCGAGUUCCCCUCCUUAGCGUCGCGCGCCGAGCCGGUCAGUUCUGAGUACCACGUGUCACCUCGUCAGCCGCUCCGGCUCCAAGGCUUGCCGAAAGCCCGUGCUCGAAAAUUCGAGGAGAUUCCACAAACCACAUUUCGAAGGGUUUUUAUAAACCGGCACAACUCGACGCUUACCUAUUUGACAUAGGUCUCUUUCCAUCCGGCGUCUAUUUCGUACGCGCCUCGCGAACAGAUGGACGCGGAGAUUCUUAUCCGCGACCAGCUCGAUCUCGGCGACAUGGCGGAUUUCAUCGCAGGCGACGCCUGCGACUUCGGCGACUGCUUUUCCGACGACGAGUUCGACGUGGACGAAUUGGAGCGACGCAUGUGGAAGGAUCGCCUGAAGCUCAAACGGAUUAAAGAUGGCCAGAAGGCCAAGGACGGCGAGGUAACUACGGCGGAUGAGCACGCGAAUGACGCGGCGGGGGAUGCGGCGGGAGACGCGCCGAAGGACGCGGCGGCGGCGGCGGAGAACGAGCAGCGGACGAGGCAGCGGCAGUCGCAGCAGGACCAGGCGCGGCGGAAAAAGAUGUCGCGCGCGCACGACGGCAUUCUUAAGUACAUGCUCAAGAUGAUGGAGGUGUGCAACGCGCAGGGCUUCGUGUACGGGAUCAUUCCCGAGAAGGGGAAGCCAGUCGGCGGAAGCUCCGAUAAUCUCCGCGCGUGGUGGAAGGAUAAGGUUCGGUUUGACCGCAACGGCCCCGCCGCCAUCGCGCGCUACAACGCGGAACAGGCCGCCACUUCCGCCGCCGCCGCUACUGGGGGGAACGGCAACGCGUUUCCCGGCGGGAUGAUCCUCGGCGCGGGCGGAACCGGCGGAACCGGCGGAAUCGUCGGAAUCGGCGGGAUUUCUUCCGCGCUGGCGACGCCGCAGACGCUGCAGGAGCUGCAGGACACGACGCUGGGGUCGCUGCUGUCGGCACUCAUGCAGCACUGCGAACCCCCGCAGCGCAGAUUCCCCCUCGAGAAGGGCGUUCCGCCGCCCUGGUGGCCGUCGGGGGACGAGCACUGGUGGCCGCAGCUGGGGCUGACACGCGGCAGCGGACCGCCUCCUUAUAAAAAACCCCACGAUUUGAAGAAGGCGUGGAAGGUGGGCGUGCUGACGUCAGUGAUUCGGCACCUGUGCCCUGACGUGGCACGGAUAAGGAAGCUAGUGCGGCAGAGCAAGUGCCUGCAGGAUAAGAUGACGGCGCGGGAGAGUGCCACGUGGAACACGGUAUUGGACCAGGAGGAGGCGGAGAUUCUUAAAGCGCAAGGGCGGCUCGAAGACGCGGCGAAAUUCGACCCGUUUGCCGCCGGGUCGCCUGUAAGGGCCGCGGGAGAUGGCGGGAUUGGCGGGGAAAUCGGCGGAAGCGGCGGAAUUGGCGGGAUUUUUGGAGUGGUCGGGGGAGGAAUCCGCGCAACGGACUUCACGAGCAUGGAUACGAACGCGCUUCUGGCGGAGAUUUUGGGCGGAGAGAUGGGUGCCGGGGGGAAAGAAACGGGGGAGGAAAAGCGGAGCGACAGGUUCUCCGCGCCCGCCUCUGCUGCUGGUAUCGGGGCGGAUUAUAACGAGUACGCACCUGAAGAAAUUGGCCGCUCGGCAGGCAGAGUCAAGACGGAGCAAGAAAUUUUAAAUGCCCCCGCUAUAAUGUACUCCGGUACAAGCAACGUCACCAGUGCUGCUGCUACUGCUGCUAACUCGCUUACACAGGCUGGAGCGAAUGUGACCCCAGAGCACCGAGUUUUCCUCUGCCCGUUCGACCGCUGCCCGAAACACCAGUGGAGCAAUGCCUUUGCUGACCGGAAUGCCCGGAACCUCCACCAAGCCUCCUGCCCGUUCCGCCCAAAGCUCUCAGGUUCGGGUGGGCCUGCUCCUGCCGGUGCUACCGGUGGUUCUAACAAUGGUGGUGCUAAUAGCGGUGGUGGCAUUAGCAACGCCAUUCGCAGGAGUGCCAGUGCCUCCUCCUUCCUCCCUGCUGCUCAUCCCGCCACCGUUGCUGCCGCCGCCCCCGCCGCUGCAGCUGCUGCUUCUGUUGGUACUCCUGGCAGCACUGGCAGUGCCACUGGCUCUGCUGCUACCGGUUCUGCGACUGCUGGAUCUCCCCUUGCUGCUGCAAGCUCUGCUGGCAGCACCAAGCCGUCUGGCAAGGACCCUGCCGCCUUCGCUACAGCUGCCGCUACAGCCGCCGCCAUCAAGGCCAGCAUGCAGCAGGCGCAGCACGGCCAGCAGAGUCAACCAAAGUCAAGGCUCUCCACCUCCUCCUCCUCCCGCGCCCCUCCCGCCCCCACUGCUGCUAACAUGGCAGCCGGCCACCCUGUGAACCAGCCUCCUACCUUCCCCUAUAACAGCCACCACCACAAUCACUAUCAGCAGCAGCAGCACCACCACCAGCAUCAAGCGCAGCUGCUGAGGCAAGGAAGCUUCCCGGGUGAUUCCUUCCAUCCGCCCCCUGCUAUUGGCAUGCCCACUGGAGCUCCUCCGGGCAGCGGGCAGUUUGGAGAAAUGUUUCCGGGGAUGAUGUUUGGGCAGCCCGGUGGUAUGAUGGGCAUGGCGGGAAUGCCGCCACCAUCCAUGCACCAACACAUGGCACAUGCAGCUGCACAUGCAGCCCAUCCCUUUGCCUUUAACAUGCCCCCCAUGGGUCAUCAUUUUCCUGCAUACAGCAGCAUGGCUGGUGGCAUUGCUAUUGGUCAGCAGCAGCAGCAGCAGCAGCAGCAGCAGCAACAGGGAGAGGAGAUCCGGCAGCAGCAGCAUCAUCACGAUCAGCAGCAGCAGCAGCUGGAGAAGCGGAGGAGAGAGUUGAAUCGGCAGCAGCUGCAGUUGCAGAGACAGCUGCAGCACGAGCAGCAGCAGCAGCGACACCAACAGCAGCAGAUGGCACGAUUGAGUGAGGAGAAAGCAGGGCUCUCAAGUGUCGGAGAAGCGGGGGAGAGUGCAAGGAGCGCUGGUGGGGUCGGAAGUGCCACCUGCAGCAACAAUGCUCCCAGCAACCAUGGCCUCAGUAAGAGCAACAGCAAGAGUAACAGCACUGGCAACUCAACCAACAAUCACUUACCUCCUCCCUCGCUCCUCCUCCCUCCGUCCACGCAUGUCCCUCCCUCCAUCUCUCCCCGCCUCGCUGCACUUAUAGCCCAGCAGCAGCAGCAGGAGGAGCUGAUCGCCACCGUUGGAUCGUGGGCCAAGGGCCAGCUCCAAACCAGAAUGAAGCGCCGCGCUCUGUCCGACCUCCAAGGCUUGGUGUCCGGCGAACGCAUGCUCGGCCGAGCCUUGACCGAGCCUAUGGCGGAGGUCCGGGUAGAAGCGGGUGGGGGAGAAGGGAGUGGUGCCGAAGCUGGCGGAUUGCAGUUCAGUGCCUUUGAGAGACUGACCGGAGAGGGUGGGCUGAGUGGUGCUGGUGUCGAUGAGUUGAGCAUGUGGGAUAGUGGUAUGGUGGGCAGUUAUGGCACUGCUGCUGUUGCUGCUGGUGGCGCUGUUGCUGCCACUGCACCAGGUGGGAGUGGUGCUGCUGCUACUGCUGCUGCUGGCGUAGAGGGGCAUGAGAGUUACUUUGGACUGGGUGAUGCUGCAGCAGGGCUGGUGGGAGGGCAUGAUCCGAUGAGGCUGAUGGGGCACCUGAUGGACGACGAUCUGCACUACUUCACCUGCUAGGUGCUGUUCAUGUGUUAUGUGUCGUGUGUCAUGUGUGGUGGCAUGCACCCGUGGCCUAGCACAACCACCCAUGACCCAGCAGCAGCAGCCCAUGAUGCUCGGAUGAAGCUGAUGAAGCUGAUGGGUCAUCUCACGGACGACAACCUGCGCUACUUCACCUGCUGACGGCUGUUGACCUCUCGGAUUCUAACCUGAAGUGUCCACCACCUGAAAUGUGUCUUUCUGUAGAGUAGCCUGUAACCUGUGAACACUUUUGCAUGUUGCCCUUACUAAAGCCUAUCAAUAAAACCUUGGCAUUCUU